AUGGUUCCACCAUUCCACAGUCUUCUUCAGCUUCCCCUAUCUGCCUUGUUACUGCGCGCUGCACAUACGGGUACCUUCACCAAUCCAUUGAAAGACCCCAAUGGAAGCGAUCCGUUUGUUGUCUACGUAGAAGGGCACUACUACCUGACGACCACUGCUUGGAGUAACGUGCAAAUCACUCGGGCCACCACGCUGGAGGGUUUAAAGACCGGUAAAACAAAGUUGUCUGGGGCGAUGACACUCCCUCUCGAUGCCGCAAUGACACCUGUACUACACCGCCGGAAGCAGCGACACUCUCGACAACCAGCGUUCCAACGCCCUACGGUUCUAACCCCCUGGGACACAUACGAAUAUCUCGGUCAACUCACGUCCGAAUGGGGUAUAGAUGGCGCGGUCCUGGCGAUCAACUCGAGGAACUACUUCGUGUGGUCGUGCAUGGCAGACGGGAUUCAAUCGCUCUACAUCGCUACACCUCAAAACUCCCCGACGAACAUAUCCCCGCAGCCGCUCGAGAAAUGGGAAAGAGUCGACGCCCCAGUCAAUGAGGGUCCCGCGCCGCUCUACCACGAUGGAAACACGUGGCUCUUUGUUCAUAUCUGCGAAUGGGACCUACGGUACUGCACAUAA